AUGAAGGAUUUUUUAAUCGAGUUUUCCCCUGUUGCUAUUGAAGCCUAUUUAUGCCAAAAAUGCCGUGCGCCUUGCCUUUUCUCCUAUAAUGUGACCUCUAAAGCCGUAAAAGAUCCUAGUCUUCCUGGAUUUCGCCCUAUUCUCUCUGCUUGUAAUACAUUUGAGCCUCACGGACACUUUCCGUCAAUGGAGUUAUUCCCUUCAGUCUCCGAAACGCGAUCCUCUACGGGAACAGACUUUGUGGUUGCUGAUAGCGAUGGCAGUGACCUAUUUUCCACUAAGCCUAGCCAAACCGGGUGGCAAAUGGGUGAGCCACAUGUCGAGGCCUCGGCUGAUCAUCGUUCGGUGUCUCAAGAAUAUUGGGAACGAAAUGAUUACAUUCAAGGCCUGGAAGGAGCUAAUCGAGGUGAGGGAAGGCGUGGAGUUGGGUCAGAGUUGGACGAACAGGAAUUAUUCAAAGUCGAUUUAGACUCUGGACCGGUUGUUGCCUGCCUUGAACCAGCCCGCCUACCUGGGCUUUUUGGUGCGGAAUGGAAUUCGCAGCUGGCCUCACCAAGAUUCGAAUUCUUUGAAGAGAAUUGUCGGGAUCUUAAGCAGACGUGCAAGGAUUGUCUACUCUCGUGCGCUGAGGAUCUGCGAUACAUCUCAGAGGGGUGCAAGCCAACUGCUGGUCCUGGGGACAACGGCCGGUCACCGCGGUUGGCCCGAUGUUUUGACUGCUGUGUUAAUGCUAACUGCACACAUGUCUGCAACAAAUAUCCAUCCCACAGGUGUCAACGGCAGCUGUGUAGUCAUGGUAUGUCGGCUAUAUACUAG